GUCUCCUUAUUCGUUGGAACGAUGUAAGUCCAGACAUGGAAGAAGGGGAGCCGUCUAAUAUUUGUCCUGGACCACUUAACCUACCACAUGUGAUCAAAAACAGUCGCUCUUUUCUCGAUGCAGGUUUUGAGCAUGACCUUGCUUUAACUGCCCAACUCGGACGAGAGCUGCUCGAUCGAAACAGUGCACUAGAGAAGGCCCUGGAAAAGUCCCAACGGGAAAUAGAUGAAAAGGACUUGGAGAUCAAGCUACUUCUUCAACGAAUUUCGGAGUUGAACGAGUUAACUCAGAGGAAAUGUAUCUUGGCGGAUGAAGCUGACUGGAACAGCAUCGAGCUUUGUCGGGUCAACCGAUUGUUAACCGCCGAGAUGGAAGUGGACAAGAAGAAGAUUGGUCGCCUUUCGGCUCGGAUCGUCGAGCUUGAACAUCAGGCGAAUGACCUUUGGGAUCGGCUUGAAAGGUGCACUUGUAACUGCCUCCAACGAUCGCGCUCGCAGUCGAGAUCUAUCAUCGAAAGACCUGCACCGUUGAUCUUCAGAAGUAUCUCCCCAAGCCCCAUCCUGGAAUCAAACGUGAAGGAAUGCAAUGCCGGAACGUUCGUUCCUCACUGGCGCUCCACAGCAGUCGGGUGUCUUUUCAUCGACGACGAGCUCAUUGACCAGCCCCUCCUGGGCGCUUGUUCCGACAGUCCGUCUUUUCGCUAUGAGGACACAUUGGGUCAAAUUGAUCAUGGGAAGAACCCUCACAGGAGCUCACACAUCACAUCACUUCGACAGACGCGUUCUUGUACUUCUUCACCUUUCCCGUUUGAGACAUCUAACCCUGGUCAUUUUUCAGUGCAAAGGUGCAAAUAUCAUAAUAGAUUCGGAUCGUCUCUCGUUCCAGUCGUGUGUGUCGAUGGUUCGCUUGGUGCGCUUUCUUCCAAUGUGGAUCAACCUAAGCCUGAAGGCUCUUCUACUGGCAAGUCGAGUCGCCUCUACCAACCUGAACACCCUCAGCACUCAGAAAUAAUUAUCAGUUCGGGUGAUCAUGAAUCGAAGAACGACUCAUCUGCUGAGGUCUGCUCACUGAACCGAUCAGAGGUGUUUUGCUCCUCACAUGCCCCCUUCCAACUGUCUGAAGAUUAUCAACCACAAUACAAACAGCUUUUUCGUGAUACCUUUCUUUUUCUUCAAAAUGUGAAGUCAGCCAAAACUUUGUCUUCUAACAGUGCUUUCCUUGUAAACCCUUUGUAGGGGCUCUGAAUACAAUGACACUAAUCUAACGAUCAGCAGUUCCACGUUUCUGCUACGUGUUUGCCGAUCUGCUUGGUGCUCUUACUCACAUCCUUUGCCCCUUCUUUUUACGAAUGUGCCUUUCAGUGUUCUCGCCAUCCAUCGUUCUUUCUCAAUCCGCUUUCUCACAGUUGUUAUGCACUACUAUUUUUGAUUACGUAUUGGUCCUAUUGAUUUUAUAUCUAGAAGCAGGUUUUCUUCAUUCGGUUAUCCGUUUCACUUCCGUCUAACCACA